UCCAGAGCUGCCAGUAUGUCAAGUGACUACUGUGUUCACACAGAACGUAAAUUAAGUUUCAGAUUCCCCGCUAUCAUAACCUAUAUGAGAUAGAUAACCACAGGAUUAGAAAGUUGGUUUCCUCUCUAGCUAUUUGUAUAAAAUAUGACAGUUUCAACAAAAGCAGCAUGAGAUGGUCUAAACUGAAUAUGAAUGAAGCCUUCCCACAUUACAAGAAAAAAAAAAUCCCCCCACUUAGCACGCAGUUCCCUUAUCUGACGCCCUUCUGCCUGUCAGAGCUUGUGGGUGCCCGCUGCUGGCCUCCACACCACGCCUUGCUUUCGAACCACCUUGGACUUCUUCAGAGCACUGAGGUAGAAGCAAGGCUCCGUUUAGUUCAGUGUCUCAUUUCAACAGAAGCCUACAGCGAGUUACAAAUGAAGAGCAAAAGCUAAGAAUUUGUUCAAUUGUUUUAUACCACUAAGAAACUGAAGAAAUGCCCAUUAUCCUGCCACUGUUAGCUAGUAUGGUAAACGUUUGGAUAAUUCUACUCAGUCCAAGGAAAAAAAGUAUCAAAUUAGUGGUUAAUUCAUCUGAACUUGAAAAGAAAUUCUGUACACACUCCAGAACAUUAAUAUCUCUCCUAUGCCUUUAUUGUAGUUCAACCAAUUGCAAACACUAUUACUUCUGUCUCUUGGGUGAAUGAUCCAGUUGCCAGUGCUAAAUAACAUUCUACUUUAUGAGUCUAUCUGGUUCUCUACACUCUUAAAAAAAAAAUAAAAAAAGAGAAGAAAAAUGUGUCACGCUUUGUGCUGACUUUCUGCUGUUCAAUAGGCAGGGUAAUAUGAACUACCCUGUUCCCUCAAUGAAUAGCCAAAUAAUAGAGUAGUUACCGCGGCCUGCAAAGGCAAAAGAUCACAAUGCUAUUUUCAAGGAUAGAUGUUGUUUCCACAGGUCAAACAUUGAGGAAACAAUGGCUUCGUCUGACUCCGUAGAUACGCUACUAGCUAACAAAGAUGGCUUGGAGGCUUUUAGGAAGUUUUUGAAGUCAGAGUUCAGUGAGGAGAACGUAGAGUUCUGGCUGGCUUGCGAGGACUUCAAAAAAACCAAAUCCUCCACCAAGAUCACUUUAAAAGCCCAAAGGAUUUAUUCUGACUUUAUAGAAGCUGAUGCUCCAAAGGAGAUAAAUAUUGACUUCCAUACCAGAAACCACAUCUCUCAGAACAUCUCCGAGCCCACCCUCAGUUGCUUUGAUGAUGCUCAAAGGUUAAUUUAUAGUCUCAUGGCAAAGGACUCUUUUCCCAGGUUUCUAAGGUCAAACGAGUAUAAGGAACUAGUAAAGAAGCAACAGAAUAGAAAUCAAAAAAGGUGGCUCCCAUUUUUGUGAAAAUGGAAAUGGGAAAGACUUGAGUUAUUAUGAAUUUAUAAAUGUCUCCUGUUGCAGACCAGUACAGGUAAUAUUUUAUUAAAGUGGUAGUAGAAACCAGAACUAGUGUGUUUUUAAGUAUGAUAAAUAUAUGAUUUUUUUUUUUUUUUUUUUCUGCUAAAUUUGGUGGAGAAGUAUCCUAGAAACAGAAUGGAAACAAGCUAAGACAUUUGAAUUAACUUUUCAGUUAAAAAAAAAAAAAAAGAAAAGAAAGAAGUUUGCUAUUAAAUUUUCCAAUACUUUCUUUGUUAGUCAAAGUGUUUUCACAUUUUGUAAACAGAAUGUUCUGGUUUCCUGGUUUGCCAUUGGUUUUUCUUUAGAAGUAUGGCCUCAAAAAAUAAAUUCCUUUCAAGGAACUUAAAUACUUUUAUUCACCUUCUUAUUUGGAAUUGGUAAAAUAAAUAAAUAAAUAAAUAGAAGUUAAAAACCUCUUUUAUCAGGUUCUGUACCAGUUCAAAAAACGGAGAAAUACAAGAAAUAUGGUAGAUACCAUACUGUGUAUGAUAAUAAAUUAAGGAGAAUAUUUAAUAAACAGACGCUUUCUGACAAAUGUUCCUGGCAUUUAGAAUGUUUCACUAUGAAACAGUGAAUGUUUCAUACUACAGCCCUCUUUAAUACUUUCUUUGGGUUUAUUUCAUUUAAUUUUUUCAUUGAAAAUUUUCAUUUAUUAAUUGCAUAGGCAUUUUGGAAAAGAAGU